AUGUCCGAAUUUGAAGUUAGACUCCAACUUGAGGCCUGGAGAACCCGCUCCUCAAGCUCUGAUGCGGGCUUUGUUACUGGCAGCGGAAACUUGAAAUUUACCCCCACAAGCCAGCUCGGACCUUCGAGGAGCGGCGGCUCACUGGCAGCAGAUCAUAAACGUGCGGGACAACUACUAGGACUCAAGAGCUCCAAAGAAAAGGCUCGAUCCAUGACUCCAGAAAUUUCCAGUUCCAAAUUUGUCAAAGGUAAAAUUGCCAUCUUGGUAGUAAGCGCUUACAUGGCACUGCUACAGCUUAGGAUAAUCUAA